CUUUUUGCAGGAGAUGCCAUGGCCCCAGUCGCAAACAGGGCGAUAGGAAGCACUCAGAAUACAAUUACCUCUGCGAUCGUUAAGGUUACUCGAUGGAGAGCCAAUUCCCAAUUAGGCCGACGUACUUUCGCGGUCUGCCACUGAGCGACGAGAACCAGCGGCAGCAUGUGGCAACGGCCCGCGAGAUGGCCCAGUCUCUCAUGAACUUGGCGUACAACGAGCAAUGGCGCUUUGUCCCGCCCGAGAAGGAUGGCGUUCAGUACAGAAAGGAUACGUCCAACAUGGAAUGCUCGUACCGAUUCAUUCGGAGCUCGGUGACUCUCAAGUGCACGCCGGCCGAAAUGGCGACCAUGAUGAAGCACCAGUCGACCGAGACCAUGCGCAGCUUCAUGCGCAAGUUCAUGGGCAAGUCGUUCAUCGACGGGAUGGUCUUGCACUCGAUCAUGCCAUCCAUGGACAACAACGCGACCGUCGACGCCACGUCGGCCAUCACGGACGAAGUCGUGACGGUCAAGUGGGGCGUGGUGGAUGCCGGCAUGGGCACGCGUCGGGACGUGUGCGUUCUCGACCUCGUCGGCGACACGUUUGUGCCCAACACCCCCGAGAAGGAAGCGCUGCACAUGUGGUGCAUGACGUCCGUGGACGGCAACAACGUCGGGUGCCUCUCGCUCAAAGAUUCGCACAACAUUGCGCGUAUGGAGAUCUCCAAGCUCGGGUUUUUCUGGCGAAAACUGUCGCGGGACGAGCUCGAGGUGGUCGUGUGCGGCAGCUUCAAGUCCAAGAACGUCAAGCCCGUGGCCGCGGGGGUCGUCCUGGCGCUGCACCGCCUAGGCGACAUCCUCGAAGACCUCCGGCUGAGUUUUCAACACUACGCGGACAGGUCGACGUGGGUCAAGGACUGCGACCGGACGGGGUGCAUCCUGUGCAUGCGGACGUUCCACACACUUCGGCGAAAGCACCACUGUCGCAUGUGCGGCGACCUCAUCUGCUCGGAUUGCAGCAUCGUCAAACUGGUCAACCUCAACGUCAUCGGGUCAUCCAAGCUGCGGCUGUGCAAGGUAUGCUGCAUCCGAGCCAAGUCGACGCCCGUCGUGCCCACCGUCCUCCCCCCGUCGCGCCCUCCUGUCCUUGUCAGCGACAAGGAGUUUGGCAUGGACUCGGCACGGUCGCGGGGCUUGACCAACCAAACGUGGUUCGACUCUGGGUCGCCGAUGAGUCCGAGUCAACUGAGCGGCUCCGAGUACGACGACGACACGACCGUCGACCAUUUCUCCACCAAAGGACUGUGCGGCGAAGUGCUGCGCUUGUCCGUUACGCGGCUCAGCACAGUUCAUCAAAUCCCCCCGAGGGAGUCGACGGGGGUGAUGCUGACUCCACCAGCAAAUCGCACGAGAUCUGCCGACAAGCCAGCGCACGGUGUCGGCACGCGCGAGAAUUCGUUCGAGCUGCUGUGCGAUUUGGCAUGCGAAGCCCUCAACUGCCCCAUCGCAGUCGUAUGUCUCUUGGACGGGUCAAAGGAAAAGAUCAAGUCGCUGGUUGGACUGGACAACUGCGCGCUGCAGAUCGAAGUCGGCGUCUUUGUGGACAAGGUCAUGGGGCUGUCCCCCAUCGUCGUGCUCGAUGCCGCCACCGACAAGCUCACGAUGGCAAUCUUCGACCGCGUGCCCAUUCUGCGCUUCUUCGCCGGCUGCCCUAUCUUUGGCCGAAUGGGCAAGUACAUUGGAUACAUUUGUGUAGCAGAUACUCGCAAGCGAACGCAACUCGGUUCGAGCUGCGCGUUCACGAUGGAGCGGCUAGCGUCGCUCGCGGCUACCACCAUGGAAGCACACACGGCGGCGCCGGAAGUCGCGUGUCCAUCUCCUAUGGGCGACUCGACAGAAAUCAGGAUGCGGGACCUGCUCCUCAAGUCGUACAUGACCCAACAGCAGAUUGCGACUCAAAAUAUGUGGCGUUAAGAGCCCACUUAUCCUAUUUGUUCCUGUCUUGCAAGUCAAUACCCUGU